AUGAGUAAUAAUUCGACUGAGGAUGUUCAAAAUCAUGAAGAAAAGAUUUCCGAAUUUGGAGAAGAAACUCCUCUAUUGGUCAAAAUGGAUGAUAACGACAUGAAGAAAUCAAGCGUUGAAGUUUUAGUUAGCAAUGAUUCUGGUAAAAAAUUUCCUCAAUAUUUGGCAGCAGUCAGUUCAACCCUUGGAGCAUUUGCACUCGGCACUACACUGGCUUGGACAUCUCCCGUAUCAUCCUCUGAAAAUAAUUAUAUCAAUGACAUAAUGAAAGAUUUUACUCCGGAACAAAUUCAUAAAGCAUGGUCUUGGGUGGGAGCUUUGAUGCCUUUAGGUGCUGCCAUCAUUUCGACCAUGAUCGGAUGGCUGUUGGGAAAAUUGGGGAGGAAAGGCACAAUGCUUACACUUGUGAUUCCAUUUACAAUAGGAUGGGCACUGAUUAUUAAACCUUGUGGUAUAUGGAUGGUUUAUUUGGGAAGAUUAAUAUUAGGAAUGUCUGGAGGUGCUUUCGCAGUGGCAGCACCAGUUUACACAGCAGAAAUAGCUGAAAAAGAAAUAAGAGGAGCCUUGGGAAGUUAUUUUCAAUUAAUGGUUACAUUGGGAAUAUUGUUUGUGUACAUAAUAGGUGGCAAAGUGACAGCUCAAGUUUUAUCAAUCAUUUGCGGUGUCAUUCCUUUAAUUUUUGCUCUCAUAUUUUUUUUCAUGCCUGAAUCUCCAGAAUAUUUACUGUCAAAAAAUCAAGAAAACGCAGCGAGAAAAUCUUUACAAUUUUUCCGUGGGAAAAAUUAUCCCGUAGAAGUAGAACUAAAUGAAAUUCAAUCGCAUUUGGAUAAAUUCAAAAUGGAAAAACAAUCCCUCAUCCAGAGUUUUUCGACGAAAGCGGCUAAAAUGUCUUUGUUCAUUUCAUUGGGUUUAAUGUUUAUACAACAAUUGAGCGGAGUUAACGCCGUUAUUUUUUACACCGGCGACAUUUUUAAAGCUGCCAAUGCAGAUUCGGAUUCGAACACUUCAUCAAUCAUUGUCGGAGUCGUACAAGUCGUUUCAACAUUUAUUUCCACUCUCAUAGUUGACCGUUUGGGACGAAGGAAACUUUUACUCGUAUCCGCGUCCGCCAUGUCAGUUUGCACGUUAUUGCUCGGAGUUUUCUUUUUUCUCAAAGAUAGCAAUCAAAACGUGGAUUCGAUAUCAUGGGUCCCUUUGGUUAGUUUGUGCGUUUUCAUGGUUGCUUUUUCCAUCGGUUUCGGUCCGAUUCCGUGGAUGAUACUCGGAGAAUUAUUUUCACCGUCUAUAAAAAGCACGGCGAGUUCGAUCGCGAGUUGUUUCAAUUGGAUCCUCGCAUUUCUAGUCACAAAAUUUUACGCUCCCAUAAGUAAAGAAGCCGGUACGGGUGUCACGUUUUUCAUAUUCAUGUCCAUUUUGAUAAACGGUGCCAUAUUCGUAUCGUAUUUCGUUAAAGAAACCAAAGGUAAAAGUCAAGAAGAAAUUCAAAGAGAACUUGAAGGUUAA